GUUGCGUGGGUUAUUAAUAGCCUGAAAAUAAAAAGAUGGAAAAGUCCGCAGAGCAUCUAAAGCCAGUACGUGGGAGUGCGAUUGCCUUCUCUUUCUCCAAAGACGCAAGCUUUUGAUAAAAUUACAGUCUUUACAGACAGACAGAAGUAGAUACAUGGCUGGUGUGAAAAAGCUCAUCCAAAUCGACAUCGUUUCGGAUACGGUGUGCCCGUGGUGCUUUGUGGGCAAGAGAAAUCUUGAAAAAGCUUUCGAGGCAUCUCGUGAUCGAUUCAACUUUGAGGUUAGAUGGCAUCCAUUCCAACUUAAUCCCAAUGCGCCUAAAGAAGGCGUUGAUAAGAGAAGUUAUUACGAGGAAAAAUUCGGGUCUAGUAGGUCGAAACAAAUGGAGGCUCGGAUGCAAGAGAUUUUCAGAAGCCACGGCCUCGAAUAUAACCUGUCCGGACUCACGGGAAGUACUCUAGAUAGCCACAGGCUUAUCUAUUUUGCUGGGACUCAAGGGCACAAUAAGCAACACGAUCUUGUGGGUGAACUGUUUCUCGGAUACUUCACACAGGCAAAAUACAUCGGGGACAGGGAAUAUCUUCUGCAAAGUGCUCGAAAGGUCGGAGUAGAAGGGGCCGCAGAGUUUCUUGAAGACCCCAACAAUGGGCUCGAUGAGGUCAAUGAAGAACUCAAGAAGUACUCAAGAAACAUCAAUGGAGUUCCACAUUUUCUGAUUAACAACGGAAAGCACGCGUUAAGUGGCGGUCAGCCACCUGAGGUGUUCUUGAGAGCUUUUGAAGCAGCUACAAAGUGAUGCAACUGCAACCUCAUGUAUACGAGCUUUCGCUCUCCAUCUCCAAUAAGAAUCCAACCCUGGAAAUAUAUUUUCAAUACAUACGAGUAAUUUUCAUGUUGUUUGAGUGUGAAUCAUGAAACUUUUUUUUAUUCGCGUGAUGUAAGAAUGCUAAUGGUUCUGAGUGUAAUGUGCAUCAAUGGUUUGUUUAUAUA